AUGAAAUGAGUGACUUCGAAUUCGAUUUUGAAGAAAGCAGCACUUUUAAUAUCAGUUUUUCAGAUAAGGAUGACGAUGUUGAAGUUGAAAAUAUUUCUUUUAACCAAAAUUUUAUUAUUAAUACCUUAUUUUUUAUGAAUCGCGAUGAUGAUGUAGACUGGA